UUCGCGCGAGUUUUGUACCCUUCGUUCAAAAGACCAUGCUGACGUGGCAUGCAUUAGAGAGAGGGGGGAAGAGAAAACGAGAGCGCGAUGGAGUAGUGUGUAUGUGAGAGAGAGAGAGUGAUGUGGUUCAUCUCCAAUGCCUUUGAAUCUUCUCAUUCUUCUUCUUCUUUUGAUGAAGCUUCCGAAUCAGAAUGCUUCGUUAAGGUGAAAGCUUUUCAUUAAAACUCUUAAACUUUCAGCUGAGUUUCCUAAAAAGGAUUCUCAUGCAUGAAUUUUGUUAGCGUUUUCUUCCGUCUCAAUCAACAUUCACCAUCUAGUACAGAUGCAGUAAUCCUUUGUUAUUAUUGUUUUCUAUGUGCAUAAUUAAUUUAAUUUAUUUGUUUUUAAUUCAAUUUAUGGAAUAAUUUUGCAUGAUCAUCAAUUCAAGUAGGGUUUGGAACAAUUUGAGUAUUUCGAUUGAUAAAAAUGGACAAUAGUAAUGGAUCUCCAAGCCAAAAUCGGAACUCUAGGUCUAGGAGCCCUUCUGAUCAUGCAAGAGCUCAAUCUCCAAUUCCACAUGGUGGUUCUGAUCCACAUGCACCAUCAACUCAUCAUCACCCUGCAUAUUCAUUCUCUUAUCCUCCGGGACCAUAUUCCCACAACUAUUACCCUCCACCUCCUUUAUCACCUUCUUCACACCCUUCUCUUCCACACUCACCAUGUAGCCAUAGAUAUGCAUACACCUCACUUCCUGUGUCACCCAGCCCCGGUUCUAGCUCCCCUGGUCCUCCAAUUAACCGCCCUCCGCCUCAAUUGGUUGCCUUUAACCGCCCUCUUCCGCGAUUAGACUAUCCCCUGAGUAUCGGGGGGCCAACAACUAAACGGCGGCCUCCACCACGGCUGGACUAUCCUCUGAGUCCGGGGCAAAAGUCAGCUUAUUCUCCACCUCAUUAUUAUACUUUCCCCUACCAUCAAGGUCCUAAAAGUCCAGGAGUAUCAUCACAAUCUAGUCAGAGUCCCAUUUCCAGCUCUCCUAGGAGUCCUUCUUUGGAAAAUGUUAUAUGCAAUGUUCAGAUAUCAGAUAGCAAGCUCGGUGCUCCUGCAUCACCCUCUGCUCCUGCAUCACCCCCUGCUCCUGCUGCACAAACUGGCCCUUUUGCACCACAUUUUGCGCAUUCGAAUUCAGUUCCAUUUCAUGGGAGGAAUGAUGAAUUUAAUGGUUGUUCGGAUAAAUUCUCAGGCAGGAGACGUUCUACCUCUGAUGUAGGGGAUUUAAAGACUUCGCCUAGUGUGUCUAAUGAAUCGCCACGUAACCAGAGUUUGCAGCUUGCAAGCUAUAAAGGGUCUUCUUUGAGAGCUUUGCUUCUACAUGGAAAUUUAGAUAUAUGGAUUCAUGAAGCCAAUAAUCUUCCAAAUCUAGACAUGUUCCACAGAACUUUGGGGGAUAUGUUUGGCAAAAUGCCUGGUAGUCCGGGCAAGGGCAAUACCAGCGAUCCUUAUGUGUCAAUUCGUGUAUCAAGUGCUGUGAUUGGGAGGACUUUUGUGAUUAAGAACUGUGAGGACCCCGUUUGGGAGCAGCAUUUUUGUGUUCCUGUUGCGCAUAAUGCUGCUGAAGUUAUCUUUCAUGUUAAGGACAGUGACGUCGUGGGAUCAGAACUCAUUGGUGUUGUGGCGAUUCCAGUCGAACAAAUACACUCAGGGGAAGUAAUAAAAGGGGCCUACCCGAUUUUGAAUAGUAAUGGGAAACCUGUUAAGCAAGGUGCUGUAUUGAGCCUAACCAUACAGUACACUCCAAUUGAUAAACUAGUCAUGUAUCAACAAGGAGUUGGAGCAGGUCCUGAGUAUAUCGGGGUUCCCGGCACUUAUUUUCCAUUGAGGAGAGGUGGAACUGUUACUCUAUAUCAAGAUGCUCAUGUUCCAGAUGGCUGUCUCCCUAAUUUGAUGCUUGAUAAUGAGAUGCAUUAUGUGCAUGGAAAGUGUUGGUUUGACAUAUUUCAAGCAAUAAGUCAAGCUCAACGGUUGAUAUAUAUCACGGGCUGGUCAGUAUGGCACAAAGUUCAGUUGAUUAGGGAUGCCGGCCCAACGGAAAGCCUUGGCCAUCUUUUGAGGUCUAAGUCACAGGAAGGAGUAAGAGUGCUUCUCCUUGUUUGGGAUGACCCUACAUCAAGAAACAUCCUUGGUAUACAAACGGAUGGUCUCAUGGCAACUCAUGAUGAGGAAACUCGAAAAUUUUUCAAGCAUUCUUCAGUACAAGUGCAGCUUUGUUCUCGCAAUGCAGGAAAACGACAUAGCUGGGCAAAACAAAAGGAAAUUGAAGCAAUAUAUACACAUCAUCAAAAAACUGUAAUGGUGGAUGCUGCUGCUGGAAAUGGCAAAAGAAAAAUUAUAGCAUUUGUUGGUGGACUUGAUUUGUGUGACGGGCGAUACGAUAAUCCAUACCAUCCUCUCUUUAGGACAUUGCAGACACUGCAUAAGGAUGACUAUCACAAUCCAUGUUUCGCGGGUAAUACUGGUGGUUGCCUGCGAGAGCCGUGGCAUGACUUGCACUCUAAAAUUGAUGGUCCAGCGGCUUAUGAUGUUUUGGCAAACUUUGAGGAGAGAUGGUUAAGAGCUGCAAAACCUAAAGGGGUUUCAAAGGUAAAAGGUAAUGCAUAUGAUGAUGCACUGCUUAGAUUAGAACGGAUUCAAGAUUUUUUGACUGUGAAUGAUGUUCCUAGUGUCGAUGACGAUAAUCCUGAGGCUUGGCAUGUUCAGAUAUUUCGCUCGAUUGAUUCUAAUUCUGUCAAGGGAUUUCCAAAGGAUCCAAAAAUAGCACAAAGCAUGAACUUGGUAUGCAGAAAGAAUGUGAUGAUUGACAUGAGCAUACAUGAAGCAUAUGUGAAGGCCAUCCGUUCAGCACAACAUUACAUUUAUAUAGAGAACCAAUAUUUCAUUGGAUCCUCAUUCAAUUGGAGUCAGACUCAAUAUAAGGAUCUUGGUGCUGAUAAUUUAAUUCCAAUAGAAAUUGCUUUGAAGAUUGCUGAAAAGAUUAGAGAAAAUCAGAGAUUUGCAGUGUACAUUGUUAUUCCAAUGUGGCCAGAAGGUAUUCCAACAGGGGCUGCCACCCAAAGGAUUCUAUAUUGGCAGAACAAAACAAUGCAAAAUAUGUAUCAGACAGUAUAUAAUGCUUUGGUUGAGACUGGACUUGAAACUGCAUUCUCUCCACAAGACUAUUUGAACUUUUUCUGUCUUGGCAAUCGCGAGGCCUGUGGUAUAUAUGAGAAUGUUAAUGGAACUGGAGCUCCUCCCCCAGCAAAUAGUCCACAGUACCACAAAUAUUCUAUACGACAAUGUAAGCAUCUUGAUCUUAUAUUUCUCCUUGCGGUAAAUUUUAUGUGGGUGUUUUUUUCUCUUCCUUUUUGUUUUGUUUUGCAGGCACAAAGUCGAAAUAAUGGAAGAUUCAUGAUUUAUGUUCAUUCAAAGGGUAUGAUAGUUGAUGAUGAAUAUGUGAUAAUUGGUUCUGCAAACAUCAACCAGCGCUCCAUGGACGGAGGAAGGGACACAGAGAUUGCAAUGGGAGCCUACCAACCUCAUCAUACAUGGGCAAGAAACAAUUCUGCUCCACGUGGACAGGUCCAUGGCUAUAGGAUGUCACUAUGGGCAGAACACACAGGGACAAUUGAAGAGUGCUUCUUCCAACCAGAGAGCCUUGAAUGUGUCUCAAGGGUUAGAACAAUGGGUGAACUGAAUUGGAAACAAUACUCAGCUAAAGAGGUAUCAGAAAUGAGAGGCCAUCUGAUGAAGUACCCUGUAGAUGUUGAUAGGAAGGGUAAGAUUAAACCCAUUCCUGGCUUUGAAGAGUUUCCUGAUGUUGGAGGCAAGAUUGUUGGUUCAUGCUUUGGCAUUCAGGAGAAUCUAACCAUUUAGAUUAUCACAUUCAUUCAUUCAUUCAUAAUUCCAUCAUAGUUAGGUUCCUUCUCCCAAGAGGCACUCUCUCAAUGACUAGAAUUCGGAUUAUACCCGGGAAAGGAAGUGUCUAGUGUCUAGUGUCUAGUGUGUAUCUCUACUGCUACACCAACACCACUGUUAGUUGCUAUCUUUAGUAUAAGAUCAAAUGAUUAGUGUAAAUUACAAUUAUAGAGGAUAAACCAAUUUUAAAAUGUCUUAUAAGUUGAAACAUUGUAUAGUGACAAACAAUUUUAAUCUCAUUCUUUAUUCUUUCAUGAAUACCUUACAUAUUCCUCCAAACAGUUUUGAAAUGUCUUAUAGUUAGUAUAUAUUUACUAAUAAUUUAAGAAUUAAUUAGCUAGCAAAAUUAGCAUAUGAAGCUCUAUGGUGGACCC